ACUUUUAUUUCACAUAUUAAUCGCAGUUUAAUUAACGUCCAGCGAAAAUGGCUGUACAACCGAAGCAACAGUUUGACAUGGAUUCGGCGACCCAGCAGGGAUUCGUCAGAUUCUUCAAGAGUUUGCCAGAGAAACCGAGUAGUACCAUAAGGUUCUUCAACAGGUCGGACUAUUACACACUGCACGGAAGCGAUGCCUUGUUCGCUGCGCAGGAGGUGUUCAAGACUACGUCCGUCUGCAAGAAGAUCGGCCCAGAGCACAACAAGAUCGACGGCGUUAUCCUGAACAAGAACAACUUCGAGACCUUCGUAAGGGACCUCUUGCUGGUCAAGCAGUACCGCGUGGAGGUCUACGUGAAUCGAGGCUCGCAUAAGAAUCAGGACUGGAUCGUCGAGUACAAAGGCUCACCGGGUAAUCUAGCUCAGUUCGAGGAUAUGCUCUUCAAUAACAGCGAAGUGGCUGUCGAGGCUGGUGUCAUCGCCGUCAAAUUUAGCGCUGAAGCUUCCUCGAAGGUCGUUGGUAUUUGUUGCAUCGAUGUGAUAAAAUCGUCGAUAGCGGUGUCCGAGUUCAAAGACGACGAGUCUUUCAUGGAUCUCGAGGGGAUAGUUGUGUCCUUGAAGCCGAAGGAGUGCAUACUACAGAGUGGUGAGAGUAAUCCAGACUUUAAGGCUGUUAAAGAGUUGAUGGAGAGGAACAACGUUCUCGUGACACCGAGGAAGAAAGCUGAGUUUAGCACGGAUUCUCUUAUUACGGACCUGAACGUUAUUUUACGAUUUGACAAAGGCCAGCAGCGCAAUUCUCAGGCUCUAUCUCAAACGAACAUGCAGCUAGCUAUGCCUGCCACUGCUGCUCUUAUCAGAUAUUUGAAUCUCGUUGAAGACAGAGGCAGCGCGGACCAAUUCACUCUCGAAGAAAUAGAGCGCAGUCGCUAUCUUCGCUUAGACGCCGCAGCUAUAAAAGCCCUGAACGUAGAGCCACGUCCCGAUGCCCCGACGUUCGGUAACGCCGCAACCUCAAGCAUCUUGGGUUUACUGGAUAAGUGCAGGACGGCCCAGGGUCGACGUUUGCUCGCCCAGUGGAUUCGUCAACCUCUGAAGGACCUCGCGCUGAUCAAGGAGAGACACGAGGUUGUCGGGACUUUCUUGGAUAACUCAGCAUUGAGCACUGAAUUGAGCGAAGAUUUUUUAAGGAGAGUACCGGAUCUUCAGCAGUUGGCUAAGAAGCUGGCAAAGAAGAAGGCUGGCUUGUACGAGUGUUACAAGAUAUACCAGUGCAUGACCAACCUGCCAGGCUUAAUCGAAAAACUGAAUAGUGUGUCGGACAACGCUGCGGUCAAAACCAUGCUCCUCGAUCCCUUGAAAGAAUAUCUGGAAGAAAUGGAUAAAUUUCAGCAGAUGGCAGAGCAAACGAUUGACUUAGACGCUGCUGACAAAGGCGAUUUUCUCGUAAAACCAGAGUUUGAUGAUGAGUUGAAAGAGUUAAAAUCCGUCAUGGACUCGAAUGAGGCUAAAAUGAAAUCGCUGCUGAGCAGAGCUGCCGACGAUCUAGGCAUGGAAGCGGGUAAAUCGAUUAAGCUUGAGACAACACCUCAGUACGGUUAUCACUUCCGGAUCACUUUAAAAGAAGAAAAGUCUCUUAGAAACAAUAAAUCCUACACAAUACUGGAUUCCAUUAAGGGUGGCGUUAGGUUUAGGAAUAAAAAGUUGGAGGACCUCAACGAUGUUUAUGCAACUGCUUAUGAUAGUUACACCUCCCAACAGAAGAACAUAGUAGCAGAAAUCGUAAAUACAGCAGGUGGCUACGUUCCAACGAUUAAAAUGAUUGCCGGAGUCAUCGCAACUCUUGAUGUGCUCAAUUCUUUUGCCAUGGCAGCAGCAACUGCACUUACGACGUACGUUCGUCCAGAGAUGUUACCCAGUGAAGAGCAAGUGCUACAUCUUGUUCAGGCUAGACAUCCAUGCUUAGAGAUGCAAGAAGGAGUCAAUUACAUCGCAAAUGAUGUACAUUUUACUAAAGAUGAUCGAUUCCAUAUCGUAACUGGGCCUAACAUGGGUGGUAAAAGUACUUACAUCAGGUCGAUUGGCGUCACGGCUCUAAUGGCACACAUCGGUAGUUUUGUGCCAUGCACAAAAGCUACUAUUUCUGUACUUGAUUCUAUUCUGGCUAGGAUAGGAGCUGAUGACUCUCAAAUCAAAGGACUCUCCACCUUCAUGGCUGAAAUGGUUGAGACCUCUGCAAUUAUAAGGACAGCAACUGUUAAUUCGUUAGUAAUUAUUGAUGAAUUGGGAAGAGGAACAUCGACUUAUGAUGGUUGCGGAAUAGCAUGGGCCAUAGCAGAGCAUUUGGCAAAGGAGGUAAAAGCGUACUGCCUAUUUGCUACUCAUUUUCACGAAAUUACAAGGCUCGCUGAAGACGUUUCUACUGCGAGUAAUUACCACGUCACGGCAAUGGUUGGAGAUAAAUUGACACUUUUGUAUAAAGUCAAGCCUGGUAUAUGCGAUCAAAGUUUUGGAAUUCACGUUGCCAAAAUGGCCGAUUUUCCAGAAGAGGUGAUCGAGUUUGCAAAGCAAAAGCAAACUGAAUUGGAAGAUUUGCAAGGAAUAGUCUUCGAGGGAUCUGAUGACCCGGAAAAGAAAAAGGAAAUCAUCAAUAAUGGUGAACAAAUUAUUCGCGAAUUCAUGAACAAAUGCAAGGACUUUGAAGAAUCUCUAUCAGAAGAGGAACUGAUGAAGAAAGUAACGGAUUUACGAGACGAAAUUCUAGCCAAGAACAAUCCAUACAUAAAAUCUCUAUUAGGCGUCUCAUAAGUUACCUUACAUACUUUUAAGUUCUUGAACAAUUCAGUAUUAUGAUUUUCUCUCACGAAUAUGCCACUAUUGUGAUCAUUUUUUGAUACCAUUUAGAACGCCUUAGUGUAUUUAUUUAAAAAAAGUCGAGUAUGAUCAAAGCCCACAUACAAGUACAUGCAUAUAAGGCUAUUAAGUACGAAAUGAAUCAUCCUCGCGUUCGUAUACGCGCUCCUAUAAAAAUCUCUGUGAUGUCAUCGAUUGCGUUCAUUGCUACGGUUCGUAUCAAUGUAUACCUAUAUACAUGUUCGCUUCUGGCGUUGACGUGCCUAGCGGCAUGAAAACAACGGCUGCAUAAUCGUUGCUCCAUUUUGUACUGUUUGUAAACUAAGCCUACUCUGGCAGAUGUUUUUCACUGUUUACUUUUGAUACAAUAUGUAUUGUUGCAACUCGUUAAUUUACCAGUUAAUUGAUACCAGUAUGUGUGCCAUUGCGUUUUGUUUCAAAUGGUUUGUUUUUGAAAAGGUAUGUAAAUGCAUCUUGUUUAGCAACAUUUGCGCGCAGUAUCUCGUAUUCAUCUGAUACAAAAAUCAGUUCAUUUCUGAGUUUUUUUGUUGUACUACUAAGAUUCCAAUAAACGCCCACUCAGAGCAUCAUUCUGAGUCCUGCUUGCACAU